UUUCACAAUGGGGGCUACAUCUGAUCAGUUCAGACCCAGUAACUGAGCAGACGAUGUAUCUGUACCUGGUCCUCCUCAUGCUGCCUGUUUCCUGUGUGGCAGGGUUUCAGCUUCAACUCGACACCAGGGAGCAUGUGCGACUGCGAGGCGAGCCCUUCUCGAUCACCUGCACUGGAAUUGCUGCUACUUUAGCUCUAUCUGUGAAAUGGUUUCAUCCACGAGGCUCUCCUGUCCAUUUUUCUGUGAACCGACGUUAUGGCAACUUUUUCACAAUGGGGGCGACGCUUCACAUUAACGCUGUGGAAAGAACUGAUUCAGGAAACUUCACCUGUGUUGCAGAGGAAGACGGGGAGAAACGAUCAGCCGUGUCAUUGUUGCAUGUUGUUGAGAGAGGUUACGUGCGAAUCUCUACUGAUCAGAAAACCAACCUGGAGGCAAACAUCGGGGAAAGCCUCCAACUCCAAGUGAAAAUUGAGGCCUAUCCUAAACUGCAACAGACUCGAUGGAUCUAUAAGAACAGGGAGAAUGUCAGUGAUCACAAGUCAACACUUACAGGGGAAUACAAUAGUUAUGAGAGUUCUCUCUCAUUGUUGCGACUGAAGGAAACAGAGAAUGGUGCAUAUACGUUCUUUGCAUCCAAUGGAGAAGCAAAUUCAUCGCUGACCUUCCAUUUAUUAGUAUAUCAAAAGCCAAUAGUGACCAUCAGAAAGGAUGAUGUAUUCCGCUGCCAUGCCAGUGGGUAUCCUGCUCCGGACAUUCAAUGGUACCAGUGCCCAGCUCACAGAGACAGGUGUGUGGAAAAUGGAACCAUCGACCCCAACUACCUGAUCCCCCAGCCGCACUCAUCCAUUCUUCCCGAGAGACUGUAUGGAAGGAAGGAGGUGGAGAGUGUGAUGUUGGUACGGGAGGUGAAGAUCGGCUCCCGGUUGGAAUGUUACGCUUCCAAUAAAGCUGGAGAAAGUUCCUAUGCCAUCACAAUCCCAGGUCACCCUGUCACAAAUGCCUUGUUCACCCCCUUACUCUCAGGCUCAGUGGCCAUAGCAGUUCUACUGCUCUUCCUCCUUGUUCUGCUGCUCUACAAGUACAAACAGAGACCCACUUACGAGGUCCGCUGGAAGAUUAUCGAGGCAGUCAAUGGGAACGACUAUAUCUUCAUUGAUCCCACCCAGCUUCCGUACAAUGAGAAAUGGGAGUUCCCCAGGGAGAAGCUCCGCUUGGGCAAGACGCUCGGAGCCGGGGCAUUUGGGAAGGUUGUCGAGGCCACUGCCUACGGACUGGGCAAAGAGGACUCAGCUACCAAGGUGGCAGUGAAGAUGCUGAAACCCAGUGCCCAUUCCACUGAGAAAGAGGCCUUGAUGUCAGAGCUGAAGAUCCUGAGUCACCUCGGGCAGCACACGCAUGUUGUCAACCUUCUGGGAGCUUGCACACUCGGAGGCCCAGUUCUUGUCAUCACGGAAUACUGUUGCUAUGGCGAUUUAUUGAACUUCCUGAAGAACAAGGCCCAGUACCUGAGUUGUAGCGAUGCACUGAAUAAUUAUAAGAACUUGUGCCACAACAAAAGGCCCCUAAGCGACUGCACAGAAGGUUACCUUCCCAUGAGGCCCAGACUGUCCAGUAUGAGCCCAAUGAUUUCUCGAACAGAUUCCCAAGCUGUUGAAGAAGAUGAAGACCCAUUGCCAUUGAACGUUGAGGACCUUCUGAGCUUCUCUUACCAAGUUGCUACUGGGAUGGAUUUCCUGUCCUCCAGAAACUGCAUUCAUCGUGAUCUGGCUGCGAGGAAUAUUUUACUGACGGAGGGACGGAUUGCCAAGAUAUGCGACUUUGGUUUGGCGAGAGACAUCAUGAAUGACUCGAACUACAUAGUCAAAGGCAACGCUCGUCUCCCAGUGAAGUGGAUGGCUCCAGAGAGUAUCUUUGAUUGUGUGUACACGGUGCAGAGUGACGUCUGGUCCUAUGGGAUCCUGCUCUGGGAGAUUUUCUCACUAGGUUCGAGCCCUUAUCCGGGAAUCCCUGUGGAUACCAGGUUCUACAAACUGAUAAGAAGUGGAUUCCAGAUGGACAGACCCAGUUCUGCAACUCCAGGAUUGUAUGACAUCAUGACAAAAUGCUGGAAUCUUGAGCCUACAGAUCGCCCAACCUUUGAUCAGGUUGUGAAGUUGAUCAAUAAGCAGAGGGGUGAAUUCAGUGAGCAGGAAUACGCAAACCUGCCCGUUGAACACACGGUCCCAGAAUCUCCCACCUGCCAGUCUCCGGAUCAGAGCUUCGAGGCAGUUGAUGAGACUCUGUUAUUGAUCAAUCCUUACAGCAAGAUCUGAAGGCUCACCAGUAGCAGCGUGAUGCAAAGGAAACCGGUUAAACUGUGCUUGUCUCUCACUUCUAAAGGAGGCCUCUUCACUGUUCUAGUUCCCAGGACUCAAUACUUUUAAAUCCCAUUUGCCUCGAUGCUUUUGACAUUAUUCACAGAAUGAGUUGUUGCAGAUUUAUUUUUACAAGACCGAAGGGAUUUAAUUGAUGGAUAUAAUUGACGAAUAAUACACCAAAAUCGAAGGGGGAAUCGGACAGUUAUUUGAGGGGGGGGAGAUUUAUUUUUGUAGCAGGGGAGGGUUGGGGCUGUGUGUUAGCUUUGCUCCUAUACGAUAGUCUCCCUACCACACUGAACAUUAAUAACCAGUAAUAGCAAAUAGCAAGAACAUUAUGGAACCUGGGGUCUAGGUGAUAUACAUCAAAUUUUAUGUUGCAUUAAAAGGAACAGGUGAGAGGGCCGUGGUCUGGCAACACAGGUGCUGUAGACCCACAUGUGGAACUUACCUGGAUCUUAACCCUUUCACUAACACUGCUUAUGCAAUUAAGUAAUUUGAACUAUGUUAUUUACUUGUGUAUUUUUCAACGGCUUUUAAAAAGCUCAGUACAAUACAGUACAACUUAUACUUAGUUUUAUUUUAAACUGGGGAAGCUCAAAGUUGUAUUCCUGUCUGUCAUAUCUAAACACAGUUAUUAUUUCCGUAUAUUUCAACUCUUUCUUGGACUCGAACGCAAGUUCUGUCGAAGGGUCAUGAGGACUCGAAACGUCAACUCUUUUCUUCUCCGCCGAUGCUGC